GGCGGGGCCGGCGCGGGCUUCUUCUGCGGGCGCGCGGCCUGCGCCGGGGAGCCAGGCACGGUGGCGCGGGCCGAGGGCGGUGUGCGGCGAGCGGCGAUGGGCCGCGGCUGGGGCUUGCUCGUCGGACUCUUGGGCGUCGUGUGGCUGCUGCGGUCCGGCCAGGGCGAGGAGCAGCAGCAGGAGACGGCGGCACAGCGGUGUUUCUGUCAGGUUAGUGGUUACCUGGAUGACUGUACCUGUGAUGUCGAGACCAUCGAUAAGUUUAAUAACUACAGGCUUUUCCCAAGACUACAAAAGCUCCUUGAAAGUGACUACUUUAGAUACUACAAGGUAAACUUGAGGAAGCCAUGUCCUUUCUGGAACGACAUCAACCAGUGUGGAAGAAGAGACUGUGCUGUCAAACCCUGCCAUUCUGAUGAAGUUCCUGAUGGAAUUAAGUCUGCGAGCUACAAGUAUUCUGAGGAAGCCAACCUCCUUGAGGAGUGCGAGCAGGCUGAGCGGCUCGGAGCAGUGGACGAAUCUCUGAGUGAGGAGACCCAGAAGGCUGUUCUUCAGUGGACGAAACACGAUGAUUCUUCAGACAGCUUCUGUGAAGUUGAUGACAUACAGUCCCCCGAUGCUGAGUAUGUGGAUUUACUCCUUAACCCUGAGCGCUACACAGGUUACAAGGGGCCGGACGCUUGGAGGAUAUGGAGUGUCAUCUAUGAAGAAAACUGCUUUAAGCCACAGACAAUUCAAAGGCCUUUGGCUUCUGGGCAAGGAAAACAUAAAGAGAACACAUUUUACAGCUGGCUAGAAGGCCUCUGUGUAGAAAAGAGAGCAUUCUACAGGCUUAUAUCUGGCCUACACGCAAGCAUCAAUGUACAUUUGAGUGCAAGGUAUCUUUUACAAGAUAAUUGGCUGGAAAAGAAAUGGGGUCACAAUGUCACAGAGUUUCAGCAGCGCUUUGAUGGGGUUUUGACAGAAGGAGAAGGCCCCAGGAGGCUGAAGAACCUGUACUUUCUCUACCUGAUAGAGUUAAGGGCUCUCUCUAAAGUGCUUCCAUUUUUCGAGCGCCCAGAUUUUCAGCUCUUCACUGGAAAUAAAGUUCAGGAUGCGGAAAACAAAGAGUUACUUCUGGAGAUUCUUCAUGAAGUCAAGUCAUUUCCUUUGCAUUUUGAUGAGAAUUCUUUUUUUGCGGGGGAUAAAAACGAAGCACAUAAGCUAAAGGAGGACUUCCGCCUACACUUUAGAAACAUCUCGAGGAUCAUGGACUGUGUCGGCUGCUUCAAGUGCCGCCUGUGGGGCAAGCUUCAGACUCAGGGUCUGGGCACUGCUCUGAAGAUCUUGUUUUCCGAAAAACUGAUCGCAAAUAUGCCUGAAAGCGGACCCAGUUAUGAAUUCCAGCUAACCAGACAAGAAAUAGUGUCAUUGUUCAAUGCAUUCGGAAGGAUUUCCACAAGUGUGAGAGAAUUAGAGAACUUCAGACACUUGUUACAGAAUGUUCACUGAGGAGGGCGGCUGGAACCUGCCUGUUUCUGCACCGGGGAGUCCAGAGGGCAGAAUCUCUGAGCACCGUGAUUGCAGUGACCGUCCUGAGCCAAACGUUUAUAUCAAGCUGCCUUUGUCAAAGGAGAGAUACAUUGUUUUAAGUAAAUGACAUUUUUAAACAUUG